UCGCUUGAAGUUGGCUGCUAAUAUAAAAUCAAGGUUGAGAACUUCGGACACGUUGAGAACAUUAGAUAUGUUUAAAUGAUAAUUAAUAAUUAAUAACAUGUUCUGAGAUAAUGAUGGAGCAUAUAAUUACGCCAGGCAUACAAGAUAUAUCCUACUUGGAACGACAAUUUCGUGAAAAAUUGUACGAACUACAAAACAAUACGGAUGCCUUACGUGUGAUGCAGAAAGAACUCUUGGACACUCGUCAUGCUUUGUAUAGUACAGAAUUGCAGUUGGAGAAAGAGCGUGGUGUCUCUUAUGAACUAAAAAUUCAGUUGAAAGCGGCUAUGGACGCAGUGAAUCAAUUAGAACAGCAGCAAGUGAAAAAUCAAACCGAGAGCGUUCAGUUACAAGUAAAAUACGAAGUCAUGUCGAGACAAUUUGAUUCUCUUAUGAAUCAAGCUACGAGCAUAAAAGUACGAGAAACCGAAUAUAAGAUGAAAAUUCAAAGCCUAAAAGAGACUUUACGUCAAAAGGACAUAACUAAUAAAAUGUUGAAACAAACGUUAAAGGACAUUGAAUGUAAUAAUUUGCAUACUAUUAACACUAUUGAUCACAAUAUCGCGAAACUUGCACAGGAGCAUCAACACCUGACAAAAUCUUGCGAGGCGAUGAUUAGUUUCAACCAACGUUUACAAACCGUGUGUCUGUGUACACAUGCAAUACAUAAAAAAAGAUACGAUAAAAAUUAACAAUUUGGAACGUAUAACUUCGCAACCGUCAAUCGAAAGUGUAACUUCUGCAGUCACACUUAUUCGAAAAUAGUAAAAUCAGUAAUCACGUAAAAGGAAGUGGGAUAGGAGUUCAUAAAUGAAUGUAUUGACACGUAUACAUAUAUAUG